AUGCCACCUGUGUCUCCACUCCACUCUGCUCAGCUCACCUCCAUAAGGUUUGGCAUGGAACUGGGACUGGGAGCUCCAACUUCUCCGCCGCCAUGGCGUGGCCAUCUCCUCUUCCGCGCGCUCGUCAUCUUCCUCUGCCUCUGGGUUACAUCAUCCGAGACAAAUAAACAACAUGCGGAACUACCACCAAGAGGAUGGAAUUCCUAUGAUUCUUUUUCUUGGACGGUUGAUGAAAAUGCAUACUUGCAAAAUGCAAAGGUUUUGGCAGAAAAGUUACUACCACAUGGAUAUCAGUAUGCAGUUAUUGAUUACCUGUGGUACCGAAGGUAUGUUGAUGGGGCAUAUACAGAUUCGUAUGGGUUUGACAACAUUGAUGAGUGGGGUCGACCGUUUCCUGACCUCCAAAGAUUUCCAUCGUCCAAAUAUGAUAAAGGGUUCAGUCAAAUUGCCAAUAAGGUUCACGAGAUGGGCUUGAAAUUCGGCAUCCAUUUAAUGGAAGGAAUAAGUACACAGGCUGUUAAUGCGAACACACCCAUCUUGGAUAUUGAGACGGGAAAACCCUAUGUAGAGAAUGGUCGGCAAUGGGCAGCUCGUGACAUUGGCCUGACCCAUAAAACAUGUGCAUGGAUGCCACAUGGAUUUAUGAGUGUAAAUACGGAUAUUGGAGCUGGACGGGCCUUCUUAAGAUCUCUUUACCGACAGUAUGCGGAUUGGGGUGUUGAUUUUGUGAAGGUUGAUUGUAUCUUCGGUACUGAUUAUAGCCCGGAAGAAGUAAUAACUGUUUCACAGUUGAUUCUCCCAUUGCAGCUCCUGCGAGAGCUUGACCGCCCAAUAGUACUAUCCAUCUCACCAGGAACUGAAGUCACUGUACCAUUAGCUGAAAAUAUCAGUGAACAUGUUAAUAUGUAUAGGAUAACAGGAGAUGAUUGGGACAACUGGAAAGAUGUUAGUUCACAUUUUACUGUGUCAAGUGCCUUCUCUGCUGCGAAUAAGAUUGGGGCCGCCGGAUUACGAGGAAAAUCUUGGCCAGAUUUAGACAUGCUUCCAUUUGGCUGGCUAACUGAUCCGGGUGUCAAUCAGGGCCCUCAUAGGCCAUGUAACCUUACAUUUGAUGAACAGAAAGCACAGAUGACACUUUGGUCAAUGGCUAAGUCGCCUCUCAUGUAUGGAGGAGAUCUGAGACAUCUCGACAAUAGUACAUUCGGCAUCAUAACCAAUCCUACUCUAUUGAAGAUAAACUACUACAGUAAAAAUAACAUGGAGUUCCAUUAUGUGUAUGGUGAGACGUCUUCUAAUACCAUACAUUCUGGUCACUUGAGUUCUCGAUAUCCUGUAAACCUGACAAAACAUGAUGGCAUGGUCGUGGGUCUCACUUCCUGCACCAAUGGCCAAGCUAAUGGAUGGUUUGUAUUUCCACAAGAUGGGAAGUCAGAUCAUAUAUGCAGGAUCUAUGAAACAGAGAAUGGCAAAAAUGUCUCAUUUUGCUUGGGGAAAACAAAACCUCUUCUUGCCUCGGAUGAUGAUAUCAUGGAAAAGGAAGAAGACCAAACAAAGUUCCAUCUGGCAGUUGCAGAUAUUAACGAUUCUUGUUUGGAUGCAUCUGCUAGUCGGCGGCGGACUGCCUCAGAGGUUAAGCUUCCCAUGUUCUCCAGGUGCAAAUGGCAUGCAAAGCAGAUGUGGGAGCUGAAUGACAAGGGUAACCUUGUGAGCAGCUAUUCAAGAUUAUGUGCCACAGUAGAAUCCAGCAAGGAAGCAGUAGGUAUUACUGGAGCUCGUGCAUGGAUUGCAACUGGAAGUAAAGGGGAAAUCUACCUUGCGUUCUUCAACCUCGACUCGGUGAGCCGGAAAAUAACCGCGACAAUAUCGGACCUGGAAAAGGUUCUUGGGACAGCCUUCGUACGAAAACACUCAUGCAGCUGCAGUGAAGUUUGGAGUGGGAGGAAUCUUGGUCUCCUCGAGGAAGAGAUCUCAGCGGCGGUGAACCCACACGGCUGCGUGGUGUUCGAACUCAUGUGUUGA